GUCGGCCGCUUUCCGGCCAUGAGCCCCCCGGCGCCGGGGCCGGGGCUGGGGUCGGGCCUGCGGCCGGGGCCGGGGCGGGCGGGCGGCGGGCGCUGAGCGAUGUCGCGGGCGGCGGGCGGCGAGUGCCGCAAAGAGGCGGCCGGCUGGGAGGGCGAGGAAGGGCAGUGCGACUCGGGCAUCGAGUCGCUGCGGUCGCUGCCGGGCGGCAGGGACACCCCCGCCCCGGCCCAGAUACCCGCUGCCGCCGCUCAGGUCACCCCCGCCGAGACCCUCGCCGAGGAGCGGCUGGACUCCAGCUACGGCUCCGGCUCCCUGCCCGAGCAGCUGCCCUUGCUGCCGGCCGCCUGGCCCGCCGAGGAGCUGCCGCCGCCCCCCGAGGGGCUCAGCCGGCAGCAGCUGGAGGCCCUCGCCUACAUUUCGGAGGACGGAGACACGUUGGUUCACCUAGCCAUUAUCCACUGUGUCCCAGCUGUGGCACUCUGUUGUAUCGCUCAGCUGCCCAGGGAAGUGCUGGAGAUCCAGAAUGAUCUUUUCCAGACCCCGCUCCACUUGGCUGUGUACCUGGAGCAGCCCAGUGUCAUCCAGGCACUGAUGCACAAGGGAGUGAACCCCGGGCUGCAGGACCGCAAUGGCAACACGCCGCUGCACCUGGCCUGCGAGCAGCAGUGCCUGCGGUGUGCCCAGCAGCUGCUGCAGGGCAUGGCCCCGCUGGAGGACACAGGCCAGCCCCACCAGCACCACCAGGACCUGCAGCUCCAGAACUGGCAAGGCUUGGCGUGUCUGCACAUCAGCACCUUGAAGGGCAACAUCCCAAUGAUGUCUCUGCUGCUGGAGAGGGGUGCUAACAUCGAUGUUCGGGAGGGCACAAGCGGGAAGACCCCAUUGCACCUGGCUGUGGAGUGCCACAACCGCAGGGCUGUCCAGUUUCUGCUGCGCAACGGGGCCUACGUGGACGCCCAGAUGUACAACGGGUGCACCCCGCUCCACCUGGCCGUGGGCCGCAGGGAUGCUGCCAUCGCUGCCAUCCUCUCGCACUCCGGGGCUGACACCCUGCUGAGGAACAUGGAGAAUGAGACAGCCCAGGACCUGGCUGAUGGCAACGAUGAUCUCCUCGCCUUGCUGCCCUUCGAUGACCUGAAGAUCUCAGGGAAGCCUGUUGUGUGCUCUGAAUGAGCUGCUGGACUCCUUUGGCCCCUUGGGCUGCCUUCUCGCUCCAUGCUGCUGCCCUGCUGCCCCCUGAGACCUUGCCUGCCUGCAGUUCCAUGGGAGCAGAGCCACUUUGGGAGACUUAUCCCCCCCUGCCUCCUCUUUGGAAGAGUUUUGUUGGCCUCAGGCUGCCUUCGCAGAGGGAAGAAGGUGGCACUAUGAGCACUACACAGAGGAGGCUUUUCUUGUAGUAUUUGUGCCCAGCAGCAGAACUGAAUUUCCCCACCCUGACACGGGUCUGACGUGUGGGAGUCUCCAGCUUACACAGAGAAGGAGCAGGAGAGGACUCCUUUUCACACUGUGUAGUAGACGGAGCACCCUCGGCACCCCCAAAACACCAUCAGUGUAAGUGUGGGGUGAGGAGAGUUAACACUCUAAUAAACAUUUGUUCUUGCUGCGGGCA